AGAAAAGAUCAGUAUUUGACUUUUUAUUCCGUUGGCCUUCCCAUUUCAUCAAUCUUGCGUUUCUGUUCAUUAUUUCACUCCGAAAAUCCUCAAUUUUCUCCCCAAAAUAUUGCCACUAUGAUACAAUCCACUCUCGAUGAUCGCAAGUUCCCUCGAAUUUCAUAACUUUUUUGCACCCAAUUAUCCAUUUCACUUUAAUUUUUCUAAUCGCCCAAAUAUAAUUAAUUAUCUUACCAAUUAUGACAAAGAUCGAUUCAGUUUAGACAAUAUCCCAUGGAAAUUUCAGGGCUUGGGACAUAGUUUGUAUCAACUAGGUUUUUCAUUUCAUUUUCCCCAAAAUGUUAGUUGGUUUGACUUAAUCAAAACAGUUCAGUUGGAUUUUGUGUUUUUUGGGAUUAUUAAUAUUGAUUGCGAUGAAGAUUGAACAACUGGAUGAACCGAUCGAUAGUAGUGUUGAUACCAAUAGGAGUAAUAACAGUGAUGAUGAUCAAGAAAGAAGGUUGAUCACAGUUCGGGUGGAUGCCAAAAGAGCUCUAGUCGGAGCAGGGGCACGGAUCUUGUUUUACCCGACCCUUUUGUAUAACGUCUUUCGCAAUAAGAUCCAAGCUGAGUUCAGAUGGUGGGAUCAGAUCGAUCAGUUUCUUUUGUUGGGAGCUGUUCCAUUUCCAAAGGAUGUGCCUCGGCUGAAGCAGCUUGGAGUUGGAGGUGUGAUUACUCUUAAUGAGCCCUAUGAAACUUUGGUAUCGACAUCUUUGUACCACGCUCAUGAGAUAGACCAUCUAGUAAUUCCGACAAGGGAUUAUCUCUUUGCUCCUACAUUUGCGGAUAUCAACCGAGCGGUAGAUUUUAUCCACGAGAAUUCUUGUAGUGGUCGAACAACAUAUGUCCACUGCAAAGCUGGGAGGGGACGGAGCACAACCAUUGUGCUUUGCUAUCUGGUUGAAUAUAAGAAUAUGAGCCCCAUUGCUGCGUUUGAAUAUGUUCGCUCUAGAAGACCAAGGAUCCUAUUAGCUCCUUCCCAAUGGAAGGCAGUCCAAGAAUAUAAGAAGCAGCGGAUAUUGUCUCGUUUAAUAUGCCCCUCGGGAGAUGCUGUAAUUAUUACUAAAGCUGAUCUGGAAGGGUAUCCUAACCCGUGUAACGAUGAUUCUGGUAAGGAGCUUGCAAUUGUGCCCAGAAUGCCGAAGACUAGGCCCAUGAUGGCUAGGUUGUCCUGCCUCUUCGCUUCUCUAAAAGUUACAGGUGGUUGUGGAUCUGUUGCGAGGCAGAUGACAGAAGCACGCGCCUGAUAAAUCCGACCCUUUCCCGAGAUGCUAGAAUUUUACAGAGGAGCAUGAUUCAUGUUUAUGUAUCCAGAGUCUUGUAUGUAUUUAUAGGGUACAAUGACGGAAUUACUUUGAAGAUUUCUUCAAUGUUGUAUAUAAGUUCCUCUUCGUUUUGUGUGUGUAUGCAUGGGAUUUUGUUGUUCAUAUGCAUUGGGCUAUCUGAUUCUACAACAUUACGAAGAUA